AGUCGCAGCAGUAGGGCAUCGAUGUGAAGUUGUAGCGGUUUAGCGAUUCGCCGAGUUACCCAUUCCGCGAGUUAUCCACGCAACUGCGGUCACAACAGAGUGUUUGAGCUCCGUCCUGAUAGUUCAUGCUCGCCGGUCCGUGAAACUACCAAAAACAAAAAAAAGAAUAAUAAAAAAAAUCGUCUCAAUUGAAUUUAAUCGGACCGUACUAAAAAAAAAGAAACUUAUUACUGUUAUUGUUGCGAUAAUUUCGAACCGAAGAAAAUUAAAUUAAAUCCAAACCUAUUGUGUAAUGGCGUUUUUGAGAUCGUCUAUUCAGUGUAAUAAUUUACUAAGAAAGUUCGGCAUAAUACCAAACAGUUUGCAAUCGUUGUCGACACCGUGUGCGUCUCAUAUACAUGGAAUAAAUACAGAUUCUUCAAAAAGUCAACAUGUUGCAAGCCCAGCUCAAGCCCAUGUACAGAAAGACCCUUUGGACAUAUCAUUCAACGAUCACGUUGCAGCCUUCAAAAGUAAAAAGACAAGUGAGCUCGUUCGGGCUUACAUCGUCUAUGCACUAUGCACCUCAGAAUAUCUUGUGGAAAAUAAUAUGAAGUUAAUGAAAUUUGGCCGAACAAUAUUGGGUGACUACCUAUUUACUUUGCUCAUGAAAGCCACAUUCUACGGACAUUUCGUAGGUGGUGAAGAUUUAGACAAAGUACAAGACACUUUGAAAAGACUGCGAUCGUUCGGUGUCAAGCCAAUCCUUGAUUACUCCGUUGAAGAAGAUCUCACCCAGGAGGAGGCGGAGAAGCGUGAAGUCGAGUCAUCGCGAUCUACCCAAGGCUCUGCUCCCACAGCUCCCGAACCUGGCAAUAAAUCCAUGCCCCAGUACCAGGUCGACAAGACGUUCGCGGACCGGCGAUACAAAGUGCAGAGCGCUAGAACUUACUUCUACUUGAACGAAGCUACUUGCGAAAGGAAUAUGGAAACAUUCAUUCAAUGCCUGGAAGCCGUCUCAGGUGGGUGA